AUGGCUAGAAGAGCAGGGAAGAAGAGCAGCGCAGCACGGACAAGCGCUCUAGACGCCCGUCACGGCAUGGCAAAAGAGAAGCAUGCCACCCCACACGCCAUGCACAUGGGCAAUGACUUGCUUCUCUACGUGGACCGGACCAUCAAACAAGAAGGCAUCCCUCUGCAGGGCCCCGUCGGUAACUGCAAGAGGCCCGGAAAAGAUGGUUGA